CUUCAAGUAACCAAAAUGAAGCACUUGCGGAGACAUGGUUUACAACCAACGUUCCAAGUGAUAGAACCACUACCAUCUCCGAUGACAACACCGACAAAUCCACCAUCUUCUCAAGCACCGCCUUCUCAAGCACCACCUUCUCAAGCACCGCCUUCUCAAGCACCACCUUCUCAAGCGACAACAUCGCUAGCUGUGCAAACGAUAGAACCACAUCUUUCUCCGGUGACAACAACACCAACUACUGUGCAAGCGACAGAAGCAACACCUUCUCAAGUGACAACACCAAGAUCAGUGCAAGAGACAGAAACAACACAUUUCCAAGAGACAUCCUCUCACUCUGAAGAUGUGGUAGAAGAUGAGCCAGAAAUUUCUCAAAAAAGGAAUUUUACAUUUUGGGAUGUAGAAGUCAUUAAUGAGGCGGGACAUAUUUCAAAGACACACUUAAGGGUAUCAGACGUGCUUGAAGCUCCUCCUAAUGUUAGCAGAAUAAUAACUAGAUGGAAUUCAAAUGGGCAACCGGUAGGAUCAGCUGCUGGUUUGUUAGGCGGUUUUUUGGGUGAAAUUGCAAGGAAGUUUAAGGAUUUUCCUAUAAUGUACGACAAUUGGAAACUAGUUCCAUCGACAAGAAAAAAUGAAAUUUUUAAGGAUAAAAUACAGGUAUCAAUUAUAAACAACUGAAUAUUCUUUAUU